UGUCAAGAACACUCCUCCCACUACAACUGUCCCGACACACUCGCAGUCAUUCAUUGAGCCUCCGUUGGACUCUCACCCAGAUUACCUUCCGUGGCUGUUUGGACAAUGUUUCCGUGCAGAGCGGCGUGGCAGAGAUGUGGGCCUCUGGCGCGACAGUCACUGAACCGCGCUCACCUCUAUAGGGAUGUCGUUCCUCGGAGGCUUAUGUCGUCAGGUUCAGGUGGCUCAGGAGAAAAUAUCCUUUAUGGAGUCCUCUGUGCCGGAGCAUUUGCAGGCGCCUUGGCAUAUGCCUACAGUACAGUAUCAACAGACCGUGACCGUUACGAUGACCGCAUUUCAGAAAUUAAGGCUCGUCCUAAAUCUGAGUGGAAUCCCAAACCAUGGCCACCCAAGAGUGAGAAUGACGGUGAUGAAGCCAGUGAGGCAGAGGAAGCAGAGGCAACAGAAACUGCAGAAAGCCCAUCUGAGGAGCCUGUGGCCGCUGUUGCGAAUGAAAAUGAGGCAGAAACUGAGGUGUUGAUGGAAACAGCCCAGGUCAGCAAAGAACCUACUGGGUCUCUGGAGACUGUUGUGGAAAAGGUUGCAGAGACGGUCGCGGAGACUGCAGAGGUGGUCGCAGAGGUGGCGGAGGUUGUUGCGGAGACCGCUGAAGAGGUUGCGACGGUGGCACAGGAAGUGGAAAAGGUGGCACAAGAAGUUGAGGCAGCAGCAGAGGCUAUUGUAGCUCCCGUCAUCCAAGCUGAAGAGCCUGCAUCAGAGAGCAAUGUGGCACAGUCAGAGUCUGUCAGCCCAGUAACCCGAGAAACAAUGGAGAUGGCUGCUGCCUCUGUGCUUGAGGUGGUUCCCCUCGAAUCCGUGUCCGUGGAAGACAUGGGUGCUGGUGCAGAGGCUGCAGUGCAAACUGAAACGUCACCAGAGAAGCCCACUAAUGUGUCUGCAGCAAAUGAGUUACAGAGUGAACCAGUAACAGAGGUAACAUCUGUUGAAACACCAGUUUCACUAGAAGAGGCACCAGUUGCAGAGGAGGUAUCUGUUGCCUUGGUUACAGAGGAAGCACCUGUUUCCCUGAUGAUAGAAGAGGUCUUAGCAGCAGAGGAGGAUGUGUCAGCUGAUUCCCCAGCAGUCUCAGAAGUGGCACCAGGUUCCACAGAAGCAGAGAUAUCAAUUACCCCAUUGACAGAAGAGACUCCAGUUGAUAUACCAGUUGCCCCAGUAGUAGUAGAUGUACCAGUUACCCCAGUAGUAGAAGAGGCACCAGUUGAUGCAGCAGUAGCCGAGGAGGCACCAGUUGAUGCCCCAGUAGCCGAGGAGACACCAGUUGAAGCACCAGUAGCAGAGGAGGGAUCAGUUGAUGCCCCAGUAGCAGAGGAGGGAUCAGUUGAUGCCCCAGUAGCAGAGGAGGGAUCAGUUGAUGCCCCAGUAGCAGAGGAGGCACCAGUUGCCCAAGUAGCAGAGGAGGCACCAGUUUCCCCAGCAGCAGAGGAGGCACCAGUUGAUGCCCCAGUAGUUGAGGAGGCACCAGUUGCCCCAGUAGUAGAGGAGGCACCAGUUGCCCCAGUAACAGAGGAAGCACCAGUUGAGUCACAAGUUUUCCAAGUAUUAGAAGAGGCACCAGAAGAAGCUCCAGUUGUUGCAGUAGUUGAAGAAGUCAUUGCUGAAAGUCCAGUUGUGGAAGUCACAGAAAGUGCGAUUGAACCAGCUGUUGUAAGUGAAGUGGAGGUAGAGGCAGCAUCUACAGUGGAAACAUCGGGUGCACCUGAUGGUUUGGAAGAGUCAGUUUCUGCUGAAGCGAAGCGAGAUUACAUAGUGGUUGUUUUGGAAGGAGCUCCCAAAACAGAAAUAAAGCCCAAGGUCCUGGGUGUAUCCCCCAUGACUUGCAAGAUCAUCCCACCCCCUGAUGAUGAAGUGGAGCCUUCAGGGCAAGCACCAAUUGUUUAAAGUACACAUGCAUUCAUAACAGCUAAGGAGCUUAAGUUGUGAGAGGUCAGAUAUCCUGGGAUUGUAAACUGGAUCCUUGAAGAAGAAAGUUCCCUUUUUCCUCCUUUACUUUGAGCUCACCUUCAAUAUGGCUCUAUAGAUUUCAUGCAUUUUCAGCUUUGAUCCAAACACUGGGCCCAGACUGACUUUCAACGAUACCUCCACUGAUACAGAAACAAUUGCAUCACUCAUACAGGUUUCUUGAACAUUAUCUAUGAAAAGCUGUGAUCUAUCUUGAUGUACAUUUAGACGUUUUAAGUGAUACUCCACCUUUUUUAUUUUUUCUAGUAAGCUGCAUGGUUGAGCCUAUUAUAAUCUAGUUAACUCUACCUCAAACAUCACACUAGUAACACAGGUUUCUAAUUGUUGUGUCAGUAGCUACUAUACCAGCAUGGUUGCAAAUUGGCCAAACAAAGACACUGCCAUACCUGCACGAUAUUCACUUACACUUCCUUUUACGCUAUUUUUGGUCAUAUUAUUGGUCAGUUAUUUAUACAUUUUCAGUAUUUUUUGUUACCUCUACCUCAGUUUGAAACAUGUAGAAUUUAAAAACUCUGUUUAAAUGCAAUAGUAUUUCAUAAAAAAUAUUUUUUUCACUUCCAAAAUCAGUAUUGAGGCUCGAAUGGAAUUGUGACAUUACAUUAAUUUACAUUACAGGAUACUAUACAUUUGUAUUUGAAUAUGUGCAAUACCUGGGAACGAACCAAUGGCCUUGGAGUUGCAAGCGUCAUGCUCUAACCACUGAGCUAAUACAUAAUUAUGUGAAACAUGUGAAAAGUUACAACUGUUAUUAUUAUUAAUACAUCACAAUAUUAUAUUGUUACAAAUUGCAUUUUAACAUUGAUUUUAAAUGUCAGGUAUUACAACAUUAUCUAAACACUGCUGCUACUCCUUCUGCGUCUUUAUGCACCUGUUCUCUUUAAGAUUACAUUAAUUGUCAUCACGUCACUGCUAACAUUUCUGUUGUUAUAAAAUAUCUUGUUUCACAAGUCAGUUUUUCUUUAUAUGAAGGGAGGUGUCCAAACAUGUUAGCAAAAGUUAAAUUUUGAUACCAUCAAGUAAUUUGCAGCUAAUGUAAAUGAUACCAUCAAGUAAUUUGCAGCUAAUGUAAAAGCAUAUGCAAUGUUCUGAUUUGAUUUCUGAUUUGAUAGUGUAUGACUAUUUAAUUAACAGUUUCAUCUUCACUUCUUUAGAUUCUUAGAAACGUGUUUAUAUGAGGGGAAAUUAAUGUCAAAUAAUAAUUAAAAGAUAAAACAUUAUAUAACCACAGACAGUUAAGCCUAAUUCAUUUUCAUACGUAUUUUUAAAAGGGACCUCUACAGAAGCAAUGUGAAUUUUCAAUCCUUUUCAAUCACUUUUUGGGUUGUUAUUUUACGGCUCGAAGGAUGUAAUGUCUUCUUGUGCUGUUUUGGUGUUUGUUACUUUUGCUCUUGAAUGAAUACCUCGUGAAUAAAAUGAGUAUCUGUAUCUGAGAAAAUAAAAUAAAAUAAAAGUAACAAAAAUGAA